AUGGCGAUGGCUUGUCUUACACAUCUGCUCUUUCUGCUGUGCGUUGGCGUCAUAGUGAGCACAGUGGUGGAUCUGCAUAAGAGAAUCAUCGGCGGUGUGGACUGUAGACAUGAUGACCGUCACUACCACGUCCGGUUGAGGACGAAUAAUGGAACUCAUGAAACAUUCUGUGGUGGCUCUCUGAUCAGUGACCAGUGGAUUCUGACCGCUGCUCACUGUCAGAUACCAGGAUGGACUAUGUUUGCAGAUUUAGAUGUGCAUCCAGGUCCAGCAAGAACGGUGCAAAUCACAGAUCCAACCGUGACCUUCAGGGACAGCAACGGCAAGGAACACGACAUCAUGUUAGUGAAGCUCCCCUCAAAAACUCAAACCCAGACUGUUCGACUUCCCAACUGUCAAAAUCGUCCCAAGCUAGGUGAUACAGUUCAGAUUGCAGGUCAUGCUUCUUCAGUAUCAGGCCCAAAUAAUGAAAGACAACCUGGUUAUACAGCGACUCUCCAAUGUGCCGAUACCACCAUUGUGGACUGUCAACACAUGAUAAACGGGAUGAUUAACUAUCAUGCUUAUUCUCAUCAAAAAUGGAUUUGUGGCCAAAAACCUAACGUGGACGCAUGCAAAGGUGACUCUGGUGGAGGAGUGGUUUACAAGAACAGGAUUUAUGGUGUCAUUGUCGUGGUCAAUGCCAACUAUACGUGUACAAGCCCAGCAGCAUUUAUGGACAUCUGUCAUAAUCCAUACAUUCAAUGGAUCAACAGAAUCAUUGCCCAAAGCGCUGGUUAA